AUGCUUGCUUCUCUCGCCGCUGCGCUUGCCCUGGCCUCGACUGCUUCGGCAGCCGCAAUUGAUGCGUGUGGCGCACCCCCAGCCACGAGCUCGCCAUGUUCUUCUUACACUAUAAUCAACGCACGCGGCACCACUGAGCCUCAGGGCGAAUCGGUCGGCUUCCUGACUAUGAACAAGAACGUCAUGUCUGAGCGUAGUGGCGGAAAGAUUUAUAAUGUCGUUUAUGAGGCGGCUUGGGAUCAAAACAGCAAACCGGGAACCAAGGAUUUGAUCAACCAGGUCGGCAAAAUCCUCGGUCAGGACGCAUCCGAAUGCAUCAUUCUCGAGGGAUACUCCCAAGGAGCGACCGUCGUCGUCGAUGCUCUGCGCCAGCUCACGGGCGCCAGCUUUGAUGCUGUCAAGGGCGUUUUCCUUAUUGGCGACACAAGGCACGAGCCGGGUCUUGCUUGCAACGUGGACAUGCAAGGCGGCGACAAGACAAAAGAUACAGCAGGUCUCCUAUACGAAGAUGGCAACGGUAUUCCGCAAAACUGGGUUUCUAAGACGCUGGAUGUCUGCAACGUUGGCGACUCCGUAUGCGACCGCGAUUCUGGAAACGGCACUACCAUUACGGAGGAACAUCUGGCCUAUCCUGGAGAUGCUGGCGUGCAAAACAUGGGAACUAAAUUUGUGCUGAAGCAGCUCAGUUAA